UCAAUGAUUUUGUGAAAAUUCCGAUUUUGCAUUUAUUCUAUAAAAUAAACCAUUUAUCAGUGUUAAGAGUAAUGAUUAAAUUAGAUUAAGUUAAUUUGCUCUAAUGUGUUGCGAUCUUUGCGCGGAUAUCCGAUGGAGUGUCAGAAGAGUGAUAGUAAGAAAUUGUUCAAAGUAUUCGAUGCCUCGAAACGUAAGCGCAAGAAGAAGAAACGCGACGGCCCCGACGACAGCCGCUCGCUAGCCACAGACGACUCCGCCAACCAGGCGUCGAAACAGAACGGACGGAGAGUUUGUUCAGCGAAGGCGAGCCUGCAGAACACGUCGGUCGGCCCCACUGACGUCACCGGCAACACCAACAGGGACAGUAGUCCUACGAUGUCGCAAGUGGACUUGCACAGGGCGUCGCGCUCACCGCGACAUCACCGGCGUACUGCGAGAGAGGGAAUAUCGCUUGCAUUAAAGGCCGGCCUGGUAUCCACACCACGCUCAAUGUCUCCGUCUCGAGAAGAAGAAGGUGCUCUCGAGUCAGUGCCACAAGAUCAGGAUUCCUUCAUUUAUCAGUUUCUGGAAGAGGCUAUUAAGAAAGAUAAAAAGAAACAGCGACAUUUGCGUAAGCACGAGGAGCGUAAGGCGAGCCGCGAGCGCGAGGCCGCCGAGCACCGGCAUCACCAUAGACGUCACCGCGAGGACUCUGCGCCCACUCGGGACCGUGACAACACUAAUAUUUCACGUCCAAAGGAGCAACCACCCGCUCCGAUAAUAGAUCAAACAGUUCUGUUGGAAACAUUUGCAAAACUAUGCGCUCAAAUAAACAGGAAACCUUCCCGAUACAACACAGUUUCGAGAACGAUCAGCAACAAGUCGCUGCAGUGCGAGGUGGCGCCGCGGGGCGAGGUGUACGAGGGGUCCGGCAGUCCAGCGCGCCGCCCCGCCCGCGCCCCCGCCCCCGCCCCCGCCUCGCCCUCGCGCAUCCGCAGCCACGACAACUUCGGCAGUCUGGUGCGCCUCCGCGACACCUACUCGCCCGUCGACGAGCGCAGGCACAACGCCGACAAGUGCGUCUGCUGCUACUCCCAGAGCAGGAAGUACAACUGCGAGAGCAAGCUCGACAUGCUCAAGUCUAGACCUCAUCUCGCCGAAAAUGCCUACUACGAGUACGGCCCCAACGUGACGCCGCCCGGCAGCUGCAUCGACGCCGGCUACGGGGGCAGGCAGAGGGAGUACAAGGACUACGACAGACGGGAGCAGACGAGAGACAGGUACGGCGACGACAGGAGGAGGUAUUGCGAGAAGAAGGCGAGCAGGAGCUUCGAGAUCCAGCGCGAGUGCGGCGACGAGCCGCGCGGCACCGCCCGCAGCGACCCGCACAAGGUGAAGCGCGGCGAGCUGCAGAGGAACCGGCGCUACGGAGACCGCAACCGCGACAGGUACUACGAGGACAAGGCGGAGGUGCGCGAGCGGAUCUACGAUCUGUCCAACAAGGAGAAGUCGCGCCGGCAUCUGGAGCAGUUCGACAGGCAGUCGGUGGCGUCGCGCGACGUCGACGAGCGCUACUCGGAGAAGGAGCGCGACUCCGGUCUCAGCGGCGCCGAUGGCGAGACCAGCACCGCCAGCGGCCGCAGCAACUACAUGAGGGUUGUGAAGCAAGAGAUCGCGGAGCAGCGCGAGGCGAUGGACAAGAUGAUGAAGCUGUGGAAGGAGUUGAUGCGCUGCUUCAAGGGCAUGUCGCAAACGCAGGAUAACGACAAGAACGUUCAGGAGGCGGAGAACGUGCGCGAGUCUGCGGCGGCGCAGCUGCGGCUGUGGCGCGAAUGUAUGCGACGUUACGAGACCGUCUCGCGCGACGUCGGCGACACCGACGCCCGUCUCAUGGAGGAGAUCAACAAGCAGCGCUCUGAGAUGGCGGAGAUGGCGGGCAUGUGGCAGGAGUGUCUGCAGAGAUACCGCGACAUGAGCAACGACUUCAACUCUCUCAAGAAGCAGCUGGCGAGCCCCGACAGUCCGCAGCGCGCUCCGCCGCCGCCGCCGCUCUGUGCAGAGGUCGAGCCCCCCACUCCUGUCUCCUACAGACUCCCGCCCGCCGCCUAUCCGCCGAUUCCAUGUCCGAUGUCUGCGGCGACGAUGUGUGUGCCGGAGCUGCGCGGGCGCCCCCCCGUGCCGCCAGCGCCGGGCCCCCCCCAGCCCGCGCCGCCGCCCGCCUGGUGGUGGGCGGAGUCGCCGGCGCGCCGCCGCUCCUCACCAGACUCGCGCGCCUCCAGGGACAGGAGACAUCGCCGCAAGGAACGAGACGACAGCCGAUACAAAGAGAAGCCUUCGAAAACGAACGCCACUCGCUCAGAGCACAGGCACAGGAAGAGAUGACAACCUCUCGAGCUUUCUCAAACUCAGUGAAAAUUCCCAGUGCUAACUAUUUCGGCAAAGUGGCCUGUAUUUUGUUGUUUUUUUACAUAUCUUUUAUCAUC